AUGGCACAUGAAAAUACGUUUCGAGAAGCGGGUAAGAAGGCGGGACUCGAGGUCUGGCGUAUUGAAGACUUUCAACCUAUACCUGUACCUUCUAUUGAACACAAUCGAUUGUACAGUGGUGAUAGUUACAUCUUUCUCAAGACGAACGAAACAACAAGUGGAUUAACAUGGCAUAUUCACUACUGGUUGGGCAAGGAUUCAUCAACGGAUGAAAAUGGUGUGGCUGCUUAUAAGACUGUGGAGCUUGAUCAGUCAUUGGAUGGUGUGCCUGUACAGCAUCGUGAAUGUCAAGGUUAUGAGUCAGCGCUGUUUUUAUCAUACUUUAAAGCUACAGGUCUGCAAUAUUUAGAUGGUGGUGUCGCUAGUGGAUUUAAUGAAGUGAAACGUGACGAGUACGUGACCCGUUUGUACCGGAUUAAGGGCAAACGUACAGUACGUGUCGAGCAGGUGCCGCUGCAGAGCUCAUCUUUAAGUGUGGAUGAUGCGUACUUACUUGAUGCUGGGUUAGAGCUCUACCUGUACACGGGAAAAGAGGCUAAUCGUCUCGAGAAAGCUAAAGCACUAGAGUUUGUGAGCAAGACUAGAGAGGCACGUGGUGGCCGCGCCAAUAUCACGUUCAUUAAUGAGGAGCCAGAGAACACGGCAUUUUGGAAAGCUCUGGGCGGCUUCACGACGAUUACACGCUCAGGCGGGUCUAAUGAGCGUCAUGAGACUGCAGUAAAAAAGAACACCAUUGUACUUCGUGUGAGUGGAUCCACUGACGACGACUUGCAGGUUGCUGAUGUAACGCCGUCGUCAGGCGUGCUCACCAAGGACAUCUUGAAGGCUGACGAUGUGUUCAUCGUUGACGUUGGCAACGAAGUGUUUGUGUGGGUGGGCAAGAAUGCGUCUGAGAGCGAGCGUAAGAACGCCUUGAUGAUUGCUAUGCAUUACUUGAAAAAGGAAGGCCGUCCAUCACACACGCCUGUCACACGUGUUGUGGAGGAGGGUGAGACCCCGAUGUUUACUGUUUUGUUUAAGGCUUGGACUGAGCCCAAAAAGCUUGAGUUUGGCUACCAGCCAAGUCAGGGCGUUGCUAGGAUGCGAGACGAUAAGCCCGUGGAUGUGAAAGCGUUGGUAAAGGCGAGCUCGCAGUUGGAGGAGGAUAUUGGCGUAGACCCUACUGCGGACGGCAAACACGAAAUUACGGUAUGGCGUAUCGAAAAGUUGGAGAAGGUAGAGGUGCCGAAGAAGCAAUAUGGUCAAUUCUACGAUGGUGACAGCUACAUUGUUCUUCAUGUGGUUACUCCCUCCAGUGGCAAGCCUACGCAGGUGAUUUACUUUUGGCAGGGACGCUCGUCGACGACCGAUGAGAAGGCAGCGUCUGCCAUAAUGUCAACCUUUCUGGAUGACAGCCUUGGUGGUGCCCCCAUUCAGGUUCGCGUAACGCAAGGCAAGGAGCCGGCACACUUCCGUGCAUUGUUCAACGGAACAAUGAUUGUGCACGCCGGCGGCAAGGCUAGUGCUUUUACAAACCGUGACGACGAAGACUCGUACGACAUGGAUGGAGUUUCGCUGUACCACGUCAAGGGUACCAACGCCAAAAACACUUUGGCGGCGCAGGUGGAUGAAAAGGCCUCGAGUCUCAGUUCUGGCGAUUGCUUCGUCCUCGUGACCCCUAACAAGGUGUACGAGUGGCAGGGUGCUGGAAGUAGCUCUGCUGAGCGCGAGAUUGCGUCUAACAUUACCUCUAUUUUAAAGAACAGUCGUGAGACUGAGGUUGUCCAGGAAGGCAGCGAAGCUGAACAGUUUUGGGAGCUUCUUGGGGGAAAGGGGGAGUACGCGACGCCGAAGUCGUCGUUUGAGGCACCCCACGAUCCUCGUCUGUUCCAUUGCUCAAACUCGUAUGGGUACUUUGAUGCUCGUGAGAUUGUUAACUUUGCCCAGGAUGAUCUCAAUACGGAUGACGUGUUUAUUCUGGAUACGUUUACAACUCUGUAUGUGUGGAUUGGUGCCGGUGCUAAUGAGUCUGAGAGGCGUGAAGCUAUGUCAUUCGCUGAGCAAUAUUUAGAUCUUGUCCAGAGCGAUGGUCGUGGCAAGGGUACACCCAUCGUGGCGGUCCACUGUAACAGCGAGCCGCUCAUGUUCACGAGCAACUUCUUGGCCUGGGAUAACGAGUUUUUCACCAAGAACGAGUUUUUGGAUCCUUAUGAAGCCCGUCUCAAGAAGUUGAAGGCCGAAAAGGAAAUGAUUGCCCCGAAAGACCUUCCUGGUACGAUUACUAACGAGUACAUCCGCGACAAGGAGACCCCGGCACCUGCACCGAUGGCAGCAAGGGUUAUCCCGGUUCUGCCUACGGAGACUCCUGUUUUGAAGGCUGCGCCCGUUUCGUCUAAGGCCUCUCCAAUAUCAUCAAAAGCUGAGCCGACAUCCUCGCGGGCUGCUUCUAUUUCCACUGUUGAAAAGGCCACGGGUCGUGCUGGUGAGACUUUUUCUUACGAGCAGCUGAAGGCUGGUGUUGAAGGCAUCGAUAUUACUUCAAAGGAGAAUUACCUCACGGACGCUGAAUUCCAGACUGUAAUGGAAAUGAGCAGGGACGAAUUUGCCAAGCUUCCAAAGUGGAAAAAACAGGCCAAGAAAAAAGCUGUUGGCCUAUUUUAA